AUGCUCUCCUUUACCCGAAGCUUCUGCACAUUCUUCUGUUUUCUGCAAGCAUCACAGGUCCUGUACGGAGCAGGCUUGCCGCUUGGUGACUGGGAAGAACUCCUACGCUCCGGCAAUCAGCUCACAGCAUCUCUACCCGAUACACAGCAAGCCUCACAUCAUGACCCACUUUUGCCGGUUUCAACCGGUCUCGUUGCAAGUAGCCAUUAUUGGCCUAAGGACAGUCUUGUUAGUGAUGACGGAGACAUCGCAAGCGCUCUAAGAGACGGUAUCAGUCACUACAGUCGCCCCGAUCAAGAGGUUGACCCUGAACCUCACGUUCAUCUGCAGCGGUCCGCUUCUCUAAUCCCCUCCAUGCCGGCAGCUAGCUCUUCCGCUUCACCUAUAAGCCGGACGGGCGAGGAUAAACGAGAAGUAUCUCCACCUCAAGAGAGAAUGCCAGGACGCACCAGUCCCCCUCUCAUUCCCUUAAACAUUCGCAUGGUCCCGGAGCUGACUGCCCAGCAGCGAGCUUCUGUCCUAGCAAAUCUCAGAAAAGAGAUCUACUACUACGUCAAUAGCAAGCUCGCGCUUAAGAAAUCGCUCGAGCCUCUCAUCGUACCGUAUGGGGGGCAUUUGUCGUCUACAGAUCUCGAGACGUUCGUUCGCCAGAUGGCAUUGUCUGAUUAUCCGCCUUGGAUCUAUCUCUCUGAAGGCACACGUUUUCUUCUCCGUCAAGGAUGGCCAAACACUGCACUGUUCCGCCGGAUAAACGGGUUCACAACAGGCGACUACAGCCGAAUCUACUUCGAGGCCUGGCAGGAGAUGGGUCAGUCUGGCUCAGAAUUGUUCCAGUAUUUGGGCGUCUUCAGAGUUCCGAACAGAAAUAGGCUUGUUCAGUUCAAAAGAACGUACUUGGACCAGAGCUUUUUUCCGAUCAAGCAGUACGUUGUGCUCAGCUCCUCGACCUUCACAACGAGUUCAAUGGGAAAUCGACUCCCACAUUCACAAACAUGA